AUGUCCCCCGUCCUCUUGGGCGGCUCCAAGAAAUCUUUGAGCGCCAUGGAGCAGAGCUCCCGGAGGAGCAAAGCUGUGGCAUCCUACUGCUUCGGCGGCCUCCUCUCGCUCUUCCUCGUCGUCCAGAUCAUCACCGGCGGCUUCCGUCUCAUCGAGAAUCCGCUCAAGGUCGCGCGCGCGCGCAAGAGCACGGCGCGGAUAAUCUCCGGCGAACUGGAUCAUCUCCGAUGCAUCGAGGGCAGCUUGCGGCAGCUCGGGGACACUGGCAUUCUCGUGGAUAGGGAUUGCAAUGUGGAGAGCUUGUGGAGUCAGCCGAAUUCCAGAUUCUAUCAGUGUGUCGACCGCACGAAUUACCAGAAAAGAAGUUCUAGCGAUGAGACAAAUGGAUACUUGAUGACCUUUGCAAAUGGUGGGCUCAACCAAAUGAGAACUGCCAUCUGCGAUAUGGUGGCAGUGGCGCGUGUGAUGAACGCUACAUUGGUGAUUCCCGAUCUCGAUCAUACUUCUUACUGGGAUGACCCGAGUAACUUCGAAGACAUUUUUGACGUAAAUCAAUUCAUAAAACAGCUGCAACAUGACAUCAAGAUCGUUAAAACACUUCCAAACGACUUUAAUUCAUCUGACGUUUUCCAACUUGCACCAAAAUCUUGGUCGCAAGUAUCAUACUACCAGGAAGAAAUAUUGCCUCUUCUUUUGAAACACAAGGUUUUGCGUUUUUCACUGACUGACUCGAGGCUGGCGAACCAAAUCUCUGACGAGUUUCAAAGAUUACGUUGUAGAGCCAACUACAAGGCGUUGCGGUUUGAGCCGAGCCUUCGAUCUUUAGGGAACCGGAUAGUCAAACGACUGCAAAAGGGAGGCUCGUAUAUCGCUCUACAUUUGAGAUACGAGAAGGACAUGCUAGCGUUUUCGGGUUGUACAGCAGGCCUCUCGUACGCAGAAGCAUCCGAGCUUAGAAGAAUCCGCUACAACACAAGUCGCUGGAAAGAGAAGGAGAUCAACGCCGAGACUCGAAGAGCUUCUGGUGGCUGCCCUCUAACUCCACUGGAGAUUGGCCUCUUACUGAGAGCCUUGGGAUAUCCACAGAACACGACGGUAUACAUCGCCGCGGGCGAGAUCUAUGGCGGAAGACAAAGAAUGCAGUCCUUCACGGCGCUAUAUCCCAACGUCGUCACGAAAGAGACGCUCACGUCCCCCGAGGAGCUGAAGCCAUUUCGGAGGUUCCAAAACAGGCUUGCAGCGCUCGACUACAUGGUGGCAGUGGAGAGCGACGUGUUCAUUCCAACGUUUGAUGGAAACAUGGCGAGAGCAGUGCAGGGACACCGAAGAUUUCUCGGCCACCGCAAGACUUUGAUCCCGGACAGGACUCGUCUCGUGAGGAUCUUUGAUGAGUUUGAGAGGCGGGCAAUCGGCUGGGACAGUGUCAAGCUCCAAGUCCAAAAGACUCAUAGAAACAGGCAGGGAGAACCCCACUUUAGGAAAUCGGGCUCGUCAAACGCAAAGCUCGAGGAGAGCUUUUACGCAAACCCUCUACCGGGGUGUAUAUGUGAGAAUACAACCACGAUUUGCUAG